CUAGUCACGAUAGUAUCGGACUUUGAUAUUGCUAUCUAACCAACCAACCAAACCAUCGGAUACAAUGUCUGUCAGCAUAGAUCAAGAAGAUGCUCUUGUAACGUCCACAGAUCCUCUGCAUCCCGCAAAUCUUAUAUCAGAGUUAUGCGCAUCCUUCUACAGAUUGGGAUGGGUAACCGGUACUGGCGGGGGUAUCUGUAUUCGCACUGACGAUAAGGUGUACAUCGCUCCCUCAGGCGUACAGAAGGAGCGCAUCGAGCCUUCGCAUAUAUUCGUCCUGCCUUAUCCCCAGGCAGAGCCGUCUCCACAUACAGAUAGGAUUUUCCUUCGUCGCCCAAAGUUGAACUUGAAAGAAUCUGCCUGCACCCCGCUUUUCUGGAAUGCUUUUACGGUUCGUAACGCUGGCUCGUGUAUACACACUCAUUCUCAGAACGCGGUGAUGGCAACGCUGCUCUGGGAGAAAGAGAAGAUGUUCAAAAUUUCUCACCAAGAGAUGAUCAAGGGUGUCCGAAUUGGCGGAAAUGGCCCGACCCUUUCGUACCUUGACACCCUUGAAGUCCCGAUCAUCAACAAUACGCCUAACGAAGAAGAUCUAAAGGACAGCAUGAAAGAGGCCAUGGAGCAGUAUCCUAGGGCCGCUGGUAUCCUCGUUUUGCGUCACGGUAUCUAUGUGUGGGGCGACGAUUGGCAGAAAGCGAAAACCCAGACAGAGUGCCUGGAUUACUUGUUGGAAAUAGGAGUCAAAAUGAAGUUAGCUGGUUUACCGACGGUGCUCAAUGAAUGAGCGCUGGAUGCUCAACCUGGGAUCUAUUUAGGGAAACAAUUAGCACCUCGCCACUGAUGCCAUCACAGACCUGAGCCACGAGACUUCGGAAUACGAGUGUAACAACCUCCCGUGACUAUAUCGUUCUACUAACGUGGCCAUGGCGUGUUUCGGUUACUCACGUUCUUAUGCCCUGUUUGCAUGAACGCUAAUCCUGGUGGUUAUCGGAUACAGAUACACGAGGAGGUGCCGUUCUAUUCUCUUUGAGUUGGAAUCGAUGCCUUGUUUAGCAACCUCUUGACUACAUCACAUGCCCGAGAAGCAUGGCCCGAUUGCACAGAUCCCUGCAUUCCCUAGAAUCAUAGUGCCGUGAAUAAUUCUGCUACUCAGGCUGGCUGCUGACGACGUAUACAACAAUAAACAUCUGGAUGUAAUGUGCGAUCGUACCUCCGAGUCCAAUUACGGCAAGAGUAAGAUUCAAGGCCCGGGGGUUGAGAGGCAUAUGC